UAAAAAUGUCUCUCAUAAAAAUAUCACUGUUGUCUGUGUUUACUAUUUGCUUGAUAUCUGCACAGGCAGCAAGAUUUGACAUCGUCAACCAAUGCUCUUACACUGUAUGGCCAGCAGCCAUUCCCAGUGGUGGCGGUAGGCAGUUAGAUUCGGGCCAAACAUGGAGUCUAGACAUCCCAGCCGGAACCUCAUCGGGCCGAAUUUGGGGUCGAACUGGUUGUAAUUUUGACAGCUCGGGUAGUGGUACUUGUGAAACCGGUGACUGCGGUGGUGUCCUAAGUUGCAGCUUAUCUGGUCAGCCUCCAACGACACUUGCCGAAUUCACACUUAAUGGUGGAAACGAUCAGGAUUACUUUGAUUUAUCUGUGAUUGAUGGUUUCAACAUUGCUAUACAAUUUGCUCCAACCUCUAAUGGAUGCAACAAUGUACGAACAUGCACAGAACCUUCUUGCCCUGAUGCUUAUCUGUUUCCGAGUGAUGAUACUAAAACUGUUGCAUGCCCAGCUGGUACCGACUAUAGAGUUGUCUUCUGCCCUUGAAGUUGAUGGUGUUAUAGUUGGUUUUCUAUCGCAAAUAAAACAACACUUAUAUAAAAUGUAAGAAAUAAAUAUUGCUUAUUUACUUGGGAAAUUAUAUAUAUUUCUCGAGAGUGCAAUAUAUUAAAUAAAUGAUCGUAUGAUAAAUAAA